AUGGACUCCUCUAGACCCGAGCGCAUCAAAGUCCUUGUCCGGGUCCGUCCGCCGGCUACUCCCCGCCCCAAGGCCAAGGCCAGGUCCAAGCCCAAGGCCAAGGGUGCCAAGGGUGCCAAGGGUGCCAAGACCACCAAGACCACCAAGGGUGCCAAGGGCGCCAAGGGUGCCAAGGGUGCCAAGGCGACCCGCGGCGCUGCCGCCAACGCGGGGCACGAGUGGUCGUUCGACGAGCAGACCAUCGCCGACCUGGGGCCCGAUGGCAGUCCGGGACGGAGCUACGGGUUCGACCGGGUUUAUGGCCCGGCGUCGCAGACAACCGAGAUCUACGAUGAGCAGGUGACGGGCCUGGUCGCAGACACCACCCGUGGCAUCAACGCCACCAUCUUUGCCUACGGACAGACCGGCUCCGGCAAGACACACACCAUGCUCGGCACGCCCGAAAACCCCGGCAUCAUCCGGCUGGCGGCUCGUCAGCUGUUUGAGGACGCCCGCGCCACGCUCUCGGACUACGUCAUUUCGGUCUCGUACCUGGAGAUCUACAACGAAGUUGUCAACGACCUCAUGGCCAAGAAGCGCGGCCGCAACCUCAAGGUAUUUGACGAUCCGACCGAGGGCGUCAUCAUCGACGGCCUCACAUCGUCACCGGUCCACGACGAGGACGAUGUGCUCAAGUUCCUCAAAAAGGGUGAGAAGGCCCGCCACUACCGCGCCACACGCGCCAACAACCGCUCCUCCCGCUCGCACACCGUCUUUCGCAUCCGCCUCCUCUCCAACGACCCGUCAGGCGCCGUCUCGGUCUCCAUCCUCACUCUCAUCGACCUGGCCGGCUCCGAGUGCCUCUCUGACACCGGCACCGCGGGCUCUGGCCGCUCCGAGGGUGCAAACAUCAACCGCUCGCUCCUUGCUCUCUCGCGCAUCAUGUCCAUUCUUUCCAAGGGCAACAACUCGAGCCACCUGCCCUUCCGUGACUCCAAGCUCACCCGCAUCCUCCAGCCGUCGCUGGUUGGCAACGCCCGCAUCGCCUGCCUCUGCACCCUCAACCCCGAGGCCUCCAAGAUGGCCGAGUCGCACAACACCCUUGUCUUUGCCGCCCAUGCCUCGUCUGUCACCAAGAUUGCUGUCGUGCCCAACGCCAUCGAGCCGUCCGAGACCGAGCUCCUCGCCAAGUACAAGGCCCAAUUUGCCCGCCUCCAGCAGCUCCUCCGCGAAAACGCAGAGUACCGUGCCCAGAUUGCAGAGCUAAAGGCUCAGCUCGAGCAGGCCCAAUCCGCGCCCCCGCCGUCGCCUGCUCCCGCGCCUGCCGCUGCCGCUGCCACCGCCACCGCCACCGCCACCGCCACCGCCCCAGAGCUCGAGACCAAGGCCAUCGAGACUGCCCAGUCGCUCGACGGCUACGACGCGUCGCAGAUGAAGAAGAUGGCGUACGAGAUCUGGCGCCUUCGUCGCGCCCUCGCCGAGAAGGACGGCUCGUCUGUCGAACCGUUUGCCGGCCCUCCGCUCACCCGUCGCAAGACGAACUCGCACGGCGCCAGCCCCGCGCUUCGCGCCCAUGUCGCCUCGGCGCGCUCCUCCGCCGCCGCUGCCGCUGCCGCCUCUGUCCCCGACAACGACGAGGCCACUGCGCCCGAGUACGAGUACGAGUACUAUUCGUCAGACGAGUACGACGACGAUGAUGACGACUGCGACGACGGGAAUGACCAUGGCGAUGACGCCGAUGGUGACGGUUACGAUGACCUCUACGAGUACGAGUACGACGACGAUGACGACGAGUACGACGACGACGACGGUGACGCGUACGAUUAUGACGACGACGACGAUGACGAUGACGACGACGACGAUCUCGACGAUGACGAGCUCGACGACUCCGACUACGACGACAACGAUCUCGAGUAA